AUAUUGACCUUGACGUUGAAAGCCAAGAAGAAGUAUUUGACUACUUACGAAAAAAGUACUCACCAAACCAAGUAGCCCGCAUUGCCACUCGAAAAAAAAUCGGUUGGAAGAUGGCUGGACUGGAAAGUAUUAAGAAAAUUCAAGAUUUAUAUUACAAUACCAGUGUUCACCCGUCCGGAGUGGUUAUCGCUGAACGUUCAUUAGUUGGAACUGUUCCAAUUAAAUCCGAAAAAGAUUUUCUAGUAACUUUUUUUGAAGAGAACCAAUUAACUCAAUUGGGCUUCAAAAAAUACGAUUUUCUGAGCCUGAAAGAAACACUAAGUUUUGUCAGCCUCAUCAAAGGACUUUCUUCGCUUCGUCGGAAAUUGCCAUCUUAUCACGAAGUAGACUUGGCCGAUCCGAAAACUUGGAAGUUGUUAACCCAUUUCUGUUUAACGGGCAUUUUUCAACUUGAUACUCCUAACGCUCGGAAUUUAUUCAGCCGUUUUCGGCCUA